AUGCACGGUCAUGUAGAUGGAAAAUUAGAUUUCGAAUAUAGAAAUUUUACACCACCCAACCCCAUCGACACAACAACACUUCACACAGACCAAACCCAUACAAUGAUUAUUCCGGUGCGAUGUUUCUCUUGCGGCAAGGUGGUCGGUGACAAGUGGGAGACCUACCUGACCUACCUCCAGGACGACAUGAGCGAGGGAGAUGCUCUGGAUAAGCUGGAGCUCAAGCGAUACUGUUGUCGACGAAUGAUUCUCACUCAUGUGGAUCUUAUUGAAAAGUUCCUCCGAUACAACACCCUCGAGAAGAAGGGCGACGUCUAA